AUGCAGUUGACUACUCUCUUCGUCUCCUUCCUCGCCACUGCUGUCUAUGCGGUUGACCAAGGCUAUGGUGGUGGUGCCGGUGGUGCUGGUGGCCCCGUCUGCAACCCCGGCCUCUACAGCAACCCCCAGUGCUGCGCUACGGAUGUUCUCGGUGUAGCCGAUCUUGACUGCAGGAGCCCCAACGCCGUCCCCAGCAGCCCUGCCAGCUUCCAGGCUAUCUGCGCCCAGGGUGGUCAGCGUGCCCGCUGCUGCGUCCUCCCUGUCCUCGGACAGGACGUUCUCUGCAACACCCCCGUUGGUCUAUAA